CGCGAGAGAGAGAGAGAGAGGGGCAGCCGCUCACUGAGCGACCUCUCUCCCUUUUUCACCCAUCCGUUCGUCUUGACGGCGCGGCAAGGUCGCGAGGGAAGUGAUUUGCUGCUCUUUACUGUCGGAAGCUCCUCCUAUAGCAGAACAACACCGAGCGGGAAUUAUGGGCGAAGCUAAGCGGGCCGCCGCCAUGGCUGGUCUCGAGGCGGGCGCCGUCGCGUCGACGUCGGCCUCGCCUCAGCCACAGCAGCAGCAGCAGCAACAUCGCCGACACAAUGCCUUGUUUGGAUGGUCCAUCCACCAGUCCUAUGGACAGGCGACGCUGCUCUUUUACGUCCCGCGCUGGACGAGACGCGACGACAUGCAGGUCACCAUCGAGACUGAUUGUGGGUCCAUGCACGAUCCAACCGCUGAUGAGAUUGCCCGUGUGAUUGCGAGCUGACUGUGGCCCCUGCCUUUCUCAGACAUCAUUGCUGGCGUCCGAGGCGAGG